UGAGAAUAAAGACAGAUAGCGGAUCGGCCGCAAGAGGAGAGAGAGAGGGAGAGAAAAAGAGAGACAGAGGAGAGGGAGGCAAGGCGCGCGCGCGUGAGAGGAAGAGAGGCAAGGCGCGCGCGCAACAGAGAGAUAAAGAGAAGCAAGGCGCGCGCGCGAGAGGGAGAGAAAGUAUGAAAUAAGGCGCGCGAGAAAGAGAGAGAGCGCGAGAACAGCCGAAAAAAGUUUGCCACCAACUUGAAAUAAGGCGAGCGCGAGAAAGAGAGAGCGAGCGCGAGGCAAGGCGCGCGCGCGCGCGCUGAGGAGAGAAGGGGCGGAACAGCCGAAGAAAGUUUGCGACCAACUUCGCCGCGGCUGCAGUGGAGGAGCAGGAGGAGCGGCCGGUGGGGCGCUAUGCCUGAGCUGGAGCGAGGAGGGCUGGCUGGGCCUUGAGGGCAGGGAGGCAAGGGUCCCGGAGGCCCAGGAGGAGAGCCGUGGGGGCAGGAGGGCGGCCCGGAGAGGCUCUUUCAGGCAGGCAGGCAGGCAGGCAGGGAGCGGGGCCAGGAUGAGCCUGCUCUCGGCCAUCGACACCAGCGCCGCCUCCGUCUACCAGCCGGCCCAGCUCCUCAACUGGGUCUACCUGUCCCUGCAAGACACCCACCAGGCCAGCGCCUUCGAGGCCUUCCGCCCUGAGCCCCCGUCCGCCGCCACCGCUUCGCAGCCCCACCACCACCAGCAGCAACAGCAGCAGCAGCCUGAACUGGGCUAUCCCAGCAAGGGCAACGCCGAGCUGGGCUCGUCCCUCAACUCCAGCUAUCUCAACAGCUUCCUCCAGCUCCAAAGGAAUGAGGCCUUGAGCAGCAGUCUAUACAAAAGUGCAUCUCCCUAUGGCUCCCUGAAUAACAUAGUAGAUGGCUUGAGCUCCCUCACCGAACAUUUCUCUGACAUCUCUCUCUCAUCAGAAGCUAGAAAACCCAGCAAGAGGCCACCUCCCAACUACUUGUGCCAUCUGUGCUUUAACAAGGGACACUACAUCAAGGAUUGUCCACAGGCACGUCCAAAAGGAGAAGGUUUAACACCAUACCAGGGGAAAAAACGCUGUUUUGGUGAAUACAAAUGCCCAAAGUGCAAGAGAAAAUGGAUGAGUGGAAACUCCUGGGCUAACAUGGGUCAAGAAUGUAUCAAGUGCCACAUUAACGUUUAUCCUCACAAACAGAGACCCCUGGAAAAACCUGAUGGCUUGGAUGUCUCCGAUCAAAGUAAAGAACACCCUCAGCAUCUCUGUGAGAAAUGUAAAGUGUUGGGCUACUACUGCCGCCGUGUGCAAUAAACACACCCAGGGAUUGCUGCUGCCACCAUUUGUGAAGAUCCUUUGGCAGCACACAACCGUCACAGGAAAACAGGGGAGGUGGGGAGAGAAAACGUCUGACAAGAACCCCAUACAUCGCCAAUAUUGCCUAUCGAUAAACUAAUAAUAUGCAUUACCUUUUUAAUAGAAUGUAACCCUUUUCCUGUGUAUGUGUAUACAUACAUGUUGUAUUUAUAGGACUACAGUGUGUGUGUGCGUGUGCGUGUGUGUGUGCGUGACAUAGAAGUUACUGGUACAGAUUACCAAGCUCUGCAGUUGUAUGACUCCUGUUCUUCUUUUUAAGUCUUGUGUGACAGCUCCAUGCAAGUUCAAUUCAAAAGAAUUGGGGGUGCAGUUGCAGUUUUGGGUGAAUUGUGCCUACUGUUGUGCUCAUGAUGGAAUCACUAAAGUGGUUUCUAUAGAUUGUUUACACAUUUACAGUAUCCUGCCCAGGCAAAGCAACAUUGAUUGUCCAGAGAGGUAUAGAAUGUCAUAGAGAUAUCAAUGAAUGAUAUUAACAUUAUUUGCAGGCAGUAUGUUCAGUAAGGUUCUCAUUGAGUUCAAGGUUGGUCUGAAAGUUCUACCCAGUUGUUUACUUUCAAACAGAGGCUGUAAAAGUUACCUUUUCAUAUUACAAAACCCAGAAUUUCCCAGCCAGCAUGACUAGUGGCAUAUCACUUUUACAUGCUCUGUUUCUAAGAGUCCUCCAGGGCAAAUGUCCUGAGACUUCUGGUGGGCUUUCAGUUAAUAGAAUCUGAGGGUUCAAAAGAACAAGUUGAAUAAUUGUCUGAGAAAGUGGUUUGCAUGGGAAUGUAAUGUUCGAACAGGAAGGGUCUAUCAGGAAUUCAUAUUUCAUAGGCAGCAAAUUUAAUUUGUUUACUUAGACAUAUGUUCCACAGAAAUUAGCACGCUGUUUGUGAAUAAGUGUCCUUAGGAUACAUUGGUUUUUUUACCAGCUUACCAACUCCAUCCUCCUUUUUACAAUUAUGCCAGGUUCUCCUUUUCCUAUUUGAUACACAAAUGGUGGCUAAAAUUAUGUCCUCUCGUCUAUACUUUGGCCAAUCCUUUCCUCUGGAGAAGAGAUGCCUCCUUUACAGGUCUGUUACUUCCAUCAUUGAAGACAGAUGACAGAUAUGUACAAGAACAAGUCUUCCAGACAGGUCCUGUAUCCUAGGAACUGAUCCCAGGUUUUUUGUUUAUCCCAGAUUAUCUGGCAGUGGGGACUCAUAUAAUCUAGUUUAAAGCAGAAAACCUGGGAUCCGAUCCUGAGAUAUAGGGCCUGCCUGGAAGGGCCCCAACAUAGACAGAAGUAAAUUCACUGUUGAAACUGGGAAGCAGUUCUCCAAAACUUAACUGAAAAAAUUAUAAUAUUGACACAUAUUAAAUCUAGAGUAAUUAAACAGUUGUUUGCUGUAGGAAACUGUACUAAUUUCCAGUUAUAUAUCAAGAGAUAUUUCUAAGGAGUCAUUGAGAUUUUAUAUCAAAGCAUAUGGAAGAGUACUCUUCCAAAAUAGGACAGAAAGUAUACCUACAGAAAAAAAAAUAUUUGUAUCAAAAUGAAUAAGGCAAUUUAGAAAUUAUUCUGAAAAGCCAAAAUAUUAUUGAAGUGCUCUGAAUGCUAGUAGGAUACAUCAUCUUUUCAUUUGCCAUUUUGCUUUAAGAGCACAGUCAAAAUCAUCACUGAAUCAGUGAAAUAGAUUACUUGGUUCUAUUGCUAAUCCAAUGGCAGGUGGGUUUAAAUUUCAGAUAUGCGACAUCUAAGAUUACAUUCAGUGCAGAUUUUCGGGACUAACAUUUCUGGAAAAGUGGAUCAUUUUGUUUGUAUCAGAUCUUCUCUUGUCUUUGUCUGAUCAACAAGAGGAAUAAUGCUCUGCUUUCUGCAUUAUACGC